AGACAGAAGGGGAGCCAAGAUGGCGGCGUAGCAAACAGUCACGAACUCAUGCGGUCCUGGCAAAAAGUUGAAUAGCAGCAAAAAUACUGGCGUGAGCGGUGGACUUUUGAUAGCCUGACAUGCAGAAUACCUCGGGCUUGGGUAAGCGUUCCUCUGUUACUCCUAACUCCUCGCCAGCGCAGCAGCCGUCUAAAAAAAGAGCGAUAGAAGAGCACCAGACGGAGACUGUUAUUGUGACGCUGAAGACGGCCAUUGAGGAGUAAGGAGCUAACAUUAGCCAAAAAAUUGCUGAUUUGGUGGACACUAUUAACCACAUUACUGCAGAAAUGAAAGAUAUUAAAGUGCUGGCAAAAAAAACGGAAGGGAGAGUCAUUAAAAUGGAAAAAACGAUCCAAGAUAUGGAAAGCAAAGUUAUGGAAUUGGCGAGGUACAAGAGCAGAUGGAAUUUGCGACUUCAUGGCCUAGAAGAGAACGAGGAAGAAGAUGUGCGCAGAAGAGCCAUCGAAGUAUGUCAAAACAUUGCUCCUGAACAGAAAGAAAAGUUUCAGAGUGUUAUUGACACAGUGCACAGGCUUGGACCAAAACGAAAGGGUACAUCUUCUCUUCAGCCAAGACCCAUAAUCCUGCAAUACACCAUGAGGCACUUUCGAGAUGUCGUAUGGAAGAUGGGAAAACGCUCUGAGUUCCUGAUUGCAAGGAAGCUGAAGUUCAAGGAAGACCUCACUCCUGAGGAUCGUGAGCGGCGCAACUUUGGCCGCAAGUGGAACAAGCACGCAAGGAAGGCAAAGUUGCUUACUUUGUGGGACCUCGAGCUUUCGUAAAUGGAAAAGAAAUACACUGAAUGCAUUCAAGGAAGACUUUGCUCCUGAGGAUCCUGAGCAGAUCAGAGCUUUGGAAGCAAAUAGAACAAGCACGGAAGGAGGGCAAAGCAGAUUUUUUCUUGGGAUCUCAAACUUUCAUCGAUGAGAGAAAAAUGUAUUUACUGCAGUUCAAGGAAGACCAAGUUGCUACUGAGGAUCCUGAACAUAGCAACCAGCUUUGAAUGCAAGUGGAACAAGCACGCAAGGAGGAAAAAGCUGAUUUCUUUGUGGGACCUUGACCUAUCAUCGAUGGAAAAGAAAAUUGACUGGAAUUCAUGAGAAACCUACUCCAUAGGAUCCGGAGUUGAAUAGUCAACCUUUGCUGCAAGUGGAACUCAUGUGCAAGGAGGGGAAAGCUGCUUGCUUUGUGGGACCGCAAGCUUGCAUCGAUGGAAGAAAAAGGGAGGAGGGGAAAAAAAAAAAGUCUGCAGAAUCACAUUCUGGUCCUAAUGAUGUCAAUUUUUGGAAUUCCGGAAAGGAAUUGUGGGCAUCUCGUGGCACUCAUCAUUCAGCAGGAACUCUUCUUUUGAAACACAGAUUUAAUGGAAAUAUCAUUUCCUCAACGAUUGAUCCAAAUGGUCAUUUCAUACUUUUGGUUAUUUCUGUAAAUGAUCAAGUAUUUUUGUUGGGCAAUGUCUAUGGAUAUAACAACAAACAAGAAAAUACGAAUUUAAUAUAUGUGUUACAGUAAAAAAUAGACUCAUACGUAAGUUCAUAUGCCGAAAUGAAGAUAGUGUUGGGUGGGGAUUUCAACUGUACUUUGAAGAUAGAUGGCCUUCUAAAUCUGGAGAAAAUAAUACUUAUAUGCAAAACUUCAUGCAUGAAAAUGGUUUAAUUGAUAUUUGGAGAACUAAGAAUCCAUUAGCAAAAGAAUUUACUUGGAAAAACAAAACGGGAUCGUUACAAUCUCGUAUUGAUUUUUGGUUGUUAUCUGAUCCCUUAUCUCAAUAUGUCUCCGAUGUCAAAAUGUUAACAACGCCCCUGACGGAUCAUAAGACAAUUUUUAUGGAGUUAUGUGUGUAUGCUAGUCAUCUAGCAAAAAAGGGUUAACUCGCAUUGGAAAUUAAAUAAUUCUCUUCUUUUGAAUGCGUCAUUGGUAAAUGAGAUCAAACUUAAAAUACAUAAAGGUUGGACAAGAGCGUGUACUGAAAAUGUAUAUGGAACCAAUUGGGAUUUAUUAAAAUUUGAAUUAAGUAAACUCCUAAGAAAAGCUGGAAGUGAAAUGACUAAAAAGAACAGGAAAGAGGAAUCUGAAUUAAUUUCUGAAAUUAUUUCACUUUCUUCUCAAGGUAUUGAGAACUUAUCACAAGAAGAUAAAACCAAUCUUCAAAUUAUGCAAAUGAAAUUGGAUCGAUUAUAUAUAAACAAAGCGAAAGGGGCAUUUGUGCGUUCUAGGAGGAAGUGGUUGGAAAAGGGGGAGCAGAACUCUUCUUACUUUUUCAAAUUGGAGAAGAGAAAUAAUACCUUUAAUAGUGUCUCCAAGCUCUGCUUUGAUGGAGUUAUUACAGAGGAUCCAGGAAAGAUAGCGGAAGCUUGUGAGUAAUUUUAUAAAACACUAUAUCAAUCUAACUGCUUAGCGAAUGAUACGGAACACUUUUUUCAGUCUUUGGGAAAUAUUGCAGAUAUUGGAGAUGCUAAUAAAGAAAUGUGUGAUGUUCUCCUAACUGUAAUGAUAAUUAAGACGCUAUCAAGAAAUUAAAAUCUAACAAAAGUCCAGGAACAGAUGGUUUAACGGCAGAGUUCUUCAAAAUGUUUUCUAAAGAAUUGGUUCCAUUUUUAUAUAAGGUAUUCGUAGAAAGUAUUGAAAGCGGAAAGCUCCAUGUGUCUUUAACUCAGGGUUUGAUUACUCUCCUUCCUAAACCACAAAAAGAUACUUUGUUAUUAGACAAUUGGAGGCCAAUAUCACUUCUUAAUAAUGAUUACAAAAUCUUAGCGAUAUGUUUGGCUAAAAAAAUAAAGUUGACACUCAAUGAUAUAAUUGAGGAAACUCAGUCUGGCUUCAUGACUGGCAGACACAUAACAAACAAUAUAAGGUUGGUUCUGGAUAUCUUAGAUUAUUCUGAUUUGAUUAAAGAAGAAAGUUUCAUUUUUUUUUUUGGUUUUACAAAGCAUUUGAUUCUAUUGAACAUCAAUUUAUGUUUAAAGCUUUGGAUGUUUUUGGUUUUGGGGAAUAUUUUAAGAGAUCUAUUAAAACCUUAUAUGCAAAUGCGAAUAGCUCCAUUAAACUUCCAUUUGGCACUACUAAAAGGUUCUACAUUCAUUGAGGGAUCCGACAGGGGUGUCCAAUUUCAGCAUUUCUUUUUCUUCUUCCUAUGCAGAUACUAUCCAUUCACUUUAGAAAUUGUAAUGUAGAGGGCAUUACUAUCGCAAAUAGAACUUUAACCAUCACUCAACUUGCUGAUGAUACUACACUAUUUUUAAAGGAUACAUCCCAAAUUCAAAAAUCAAUUGAUGUUAUAAAUGUAUUUUCUAAAGCUUCUGGCCUCAGAUUGAACAUAGCAAAAUGUGAACUUCUACCAGUUAAAGAAUGGUGUGAUGAGAAUGUAUCUGGGAUUACUGUAAAACAUAAAGUCAAAUAUUUAGGUAUUAUAAUUGGAAAAGAUGAAAGUGCAAGGGUGGCUGAAAAUUUUGAUCCCCUGAUUGGUUCAGUUCAAAAGAAAUUUAAUCUUUGGCUACAGAGGGAUUUAUCUAUAACUGGUAGAUCAUUAGUCUCUAAAGUUGAAGGUAUUUCAAGAUUGAUAUAUGCAGCGAUGGCGCUUCAUGUGUCAAAAGUUAUUUGUAUCAAAAUUGACAGAAUUUUAUUCAACUUUAUUUGGAAAAACAAAAUACAUUACAUAAAAAAGAAUGUUAUGAUAAAUAAUGUAGCUUCGGGAGGCUUUGACGCUUUAGAUUUUACUUCUUUGAAUGCAUUGUUUAAAAUUAAAUGGAUUAAAUUAUAUUUGAAAAAUCCCAAUUCAAUUUGGAAUUUUAUCACUACUCAUAUCUUUAAAUCUGUAGGAGGUCUAGACUUUCUGUUAAGGUGUAAUUACAACAUUUCAAAGUUACCAGUUAAAUUAGCCAAAUUUCACACUCAACUUCUUAUGUCAUGGUCAAUGAUAUAUAAACACAAUUUUUUACCACAUAGAUAUUACAUUUGGAACAACCAAGAUAUACAGUAUCGAAAUAGAUCUUUGUAUAUUGAAAGAUGGGUCCAAAAUAACAUAUUCUUAGUUAGUCAAUUAUUGAACGAAGAUGGUCAACUUUUCACAUAUCAAGAAUUUUAUUUAUCUUAUAGUAUGGUUGUUACGCCUCGUGAAUAUUCUCUUGUGUUUGAUGCAAUACCAGAGGGCUCUCGAAGAUUAUUACAAAAUUCUCCUAAAGGUAGAAAUUGUAAUGUGCCAAUCUUUGAUCCAAAGUCUCUGUUAAUUGGUUAUAAAUGUGCACUAUUAAGCUCUGAAGCCUCCAACCAUUGUUUGAGAGGACUUAUUCAAAAGGAGAUAUUUUCCAAACCUGCAGCAAUUUCUUAUUGGAAUAAUUUAUACAAAAAUAUUGAAUGGAAACAUGCUUGGCUUUUGCCUAGAAAAUAUUUAUUACUCAGAUUACUUCACAGGUGUUAUCCUGUAAAGACGACAAUGGUUAAAUUUAAAAUUAAUAUUGAGACAUUAUGUUCUUUUUGUGCAAAUGCAGAGGAAACUAUUUCCCAUUUGUUUUGGGAAUGUAUUUACUCCCACAUCUUUUUGGUUGACCUGAACAAUUAUAUUAAUUCCAAAGUUGUGCCAUCAUUGAAAAUUGUUUUUAGACAUAUUUUGUUUGGCCUAGCCAACAUUGAAGAACCAGAAAUGGAUAAAAGAUAAGUUGUAAAUGUUAUUUUAAUAUUGGCAAAAUUUCACAUUCACUGUGUAAAAUAUGCUAAUUAAAGACCAAAUUUUCAUGUUUUGGGGAAAAUGUUUUCUUUAUAUUUGGACAAUUUGAGUUCCUCUUUGAAUCCCAAAGCUAUAAGGACCAAAAGACUUUGCAAACAGUACGGCUUGUGUUAAAAAUGACCCCGACCAUUUUAUUUAUUGUUUUGUUAUUUUUGUAAAUCUGUUGAUUGUAUGUGAAUUGUCUCUCUCGAAUUGUUCACCCAUUAUGUGUAUUUGUUUUUGUGUAAAUAAAGUUUCGUAAAAAAAAAAAUGAAAAAAAAAAAUUUUUUUUUUAAAAAAGACA